GCACUGUGUAUAUGGAAGGAUUCUCAGUGAAGGCUUAUGGAGGAACAAAACAGGAUAAAAGAUGUAAAAGCUGAAAGUAAAAUAGUUUAUCUGGUCCUUGGUUAAACUCUGCUCAGAUUUGGUGCUUCAAACACUCUCAACCUACUAAAGAACCUACUAAACCUACUAAAGAAAAGCUCAUUAAAAAAGAUUACAGCAAAAAGUGACAAGAAAACACAAAUCCUUAAAUCAAUAAGCAACCUGACAUUUUUUUUUUCUCCUCUCAGGUUCAGAAAUACACCUGUUAAUGUUCUAAGGUCUAUCUUUAGUUAAUAGAGAGAAAAGGUCUGUUCAGAGAUAAGCCUUUGCUUUAAUCAGCUGCUCAUGAGGCAUUUACUCAUGGAGACCAGUUAGCUCUAAUCAGUAGUCUGAAUGGAAUAAAAACAGGCAGCAAUUAUGUCUGCAGGACAGGCUAGGGAUAUGUGUCCCAUCCUAAUGACUGUUAUCUGUAAACUCCUGCAGAUAUACAACCUGUCCACUUUUAUUAUCACGAUGCUGGAUGCCUUCUAUCAGAGCCUCAUUUGCUUCUUUGUCCCCUAUUCCGUGUACAAGGACUCUGACAUAGAUUUGAUUUCCUUUGGAAAUCCCAUCAACACCAUCUCCCUCCUGACCAUUCUCUUGCACCAGGCUCUGGAAAUGAAAACCUGGACCCUGUCCCAGCUGGUGGCAAUCAUCUGCAGCGUGGGCUUUUACCUCGUCUUCUCCCUGAUCUACAACGCCCUGUGCCUGCUCUGCAACCCUCCCACCAACCCCUACUGGAUCAUGGAGAGACAGCUCACAGAGCCCACCUUCUACCUGCUGUGCCUCAUCACCCCAGUCACGGCGCUCCUGCCCAGGUUCCUUGUUUCUGCUCUCCGAGGAACCUUUGGAGCAUCUCUGAUUCUGAAAGCCCAGCAGAUAGAUAAACUUCCUAAAGGACAGCAGGAUCCUGAAAUCCAGAAACUGAGAUCAAGAAAAGGAGCUACUUCUGGUGCACCUGCAUGUAAUGAUGAGCUUGACCAAAGCAUCAGCCACUUGUGUGUGUCCCCAUUUCUACACCCAGCAGCAGCAGCAGCAGCUGUGUCUCAGGGGGACACAGAGCCUCAGGGAUUUUCCACCUCUGCAGCGAAUCCUCUCGGGAAAGGGACCCCAGAAGAGGGCUACUAUUUCUAUAACAGGUGGGCAGAGGAAGAAUGUGCCGCCACAGACUCUUCCUCAGGACCUUUCCCUGGCCCAGGUGCCCUUGCAGCCAGCAGGGAAACAGCUCCUGGGCAGGUGAGCAAAGACAGUGCCCCCAGCUUUAACUACGGCAGCCACCGGCGCUCGGUGAGCGCAGUGACCCUCUGA